AAACGCGUCGGACGUCUAUCGCCGUCAAGGUGCCGCAUACGUCAGCGGCUGAGUGUCAACGGCUGCUGCUUUCCUAUUGGCCGAGAAGGCGUGGGGCCAUCCUCCGCCCGACAACAAAGCAUAAAGGCGGACCUCCGCUGUCUGCUUACUGGAGGCGUCGAAGAAGCACGGGGCUCCGCUUCCGCUUAAAGCGCUAAAGUAAAAUAAAAUAAAAAUUGAAAAAGGAAGGCGAGUUUGCGCGCGAUGGUGGCGGGCGAGCUGGUGCAGGAGCAUCCUCGCGCGGACGCCGGCUCCGAGCACGAGCCCGGGGGCAUCAGCCCGGAACCGGAGCUGGAGCUGCGACCCAAGCCGGAGGAAGCCUGCAGCGUCGGUGAGACGGAGCGGCCGCGGCAGCAGGAGGAGGACGAGGAGGAGGGCGAAGAAGGCGAGGCGAUGCUGAAGAAGAAAAAGGAGGAGGAGGACGCGGAAGCUGCGAGACCCGCCGAGACCAAGCUCUAUUGGCAGCGCUUCUUGGUCCUGGCCGUCUUCAGCCUGUAUUCUCUGGUCAACGCCUUCCAGUGGAUCCAGUACGGCAUCUUGGCCAACGUCUUCACGCGCUUCUACCGGGUGGGCAACGACAAGGUGGACUGGCUGUCCAUCGUCUACAUGCUGGCCUACGUACCGCUCAUCUUCCCGGCCACUUGGCUGCUGGACCGCCGCGGCUUGCGCCUGACCGCGCUGCUGGGCUCGGGCCUCAACUGCGCCGGCGCCUGGCUCAAGUGCGCCAGCGUGGGUCAGCACCUCUACCCCGUCACCAUGCUGGCGCAGGUGGUCUGCUCCGUGGCGCAGAUCUUUAUCCUCGGCCUGCCCUCGCGCGUCGCCUCCGUCUGGUUCGGUCCCAAGGAGGUCUCCACCGCCUGCGCCACCGCCGUCCUCGGCAACCAGUUGGGCGUGGCCAUCGGCUUCCUGUUGCCUCCCGUCCUGGUGCCCAACACGCCCGACGACGUGGCGCUGACGGCCCACAACAUAGCCGUCAUGUUCUACGGCACCGCCGCCUUCUCCACCGUGCUCUUCAUCCUCACCGUCGUAGUGAUGAAGGACCGUCCGCCGCUGCCGCCCAGCCAGGCCCGGGCCGUCCUUCCCGACGGCACCCCCGAGGACUAUUCGUACCGGCGCUCGGUGGUCAACCUGAUGAAGAACAAAGCUUUCGGACUGUUGCUCCUCAGCUACGGCAUAACCACGGGGGCCUACUACUCGGUGUCCACCAUCCUCAACCAGAUGAUCAUGGCGUGCUAUGAGAAUGAAGAGUUGAAUGCGGGGAGGAUCGGGUUGACGUUGGUGGUGGCCGGCAUGGUGGGCUCCAUCCUCUGCGGCCUCUGGCUGGACCACACCAAGACCUUCAAAUUGACCACGCUGUUGGUCAACGUCUUAACUUUUGCCAGCAUGGUGGUGUUCACCUUCACGCUAGAUUUGAACAACAUCUACUUGGUCUUCUUCACGGGAGGCCUCCUCGGGUUCUUCAUGACGGGCUACCUUCCCGUGGGAUUUGAGUUUGGAGUGGAGAUCACCUACCCGGAGUCAGAGGGAACCUCGUCCGGACUCCUCAACACUUCGGCGCAGAUAUUUGGUGUGAUUUUCACACUGAUUCAGGGCAAACUGACCACAGACUACGAGAAGCCAUUAGCGGGAAACCUCUUCCUCUGCGCCUGGAUCUUCCUGGGAGUGGUGCUGACGGCCUUCAUCAAGUCCGACCUCAAACGGCACAACGUCAACAUCGGCAAAGACCGCCAGGCGCUUUGCACGGAGCAGCCGGCAGAGGAGAAGGUCAAGCAAAAAGCUUCUCUGAGCUUCGCCAGGGAAACAUCACUGUAGCCGGGGAAUGCUUUUGUGCGUCCUCGCCAGCGCUGACUUUUCCUCAUUUGACUUGAACGCGCUCCGGAGAUUUCCAAUCAAGCACAAGCGGUCGAAGGUGAGGGAAGGAAGCGGGUCAGACCGCUUUGGAUUGGGGCUCAUAUUAACUCCUUGGUUGCCAUAGACGUCCAAUUUAUUUGGACCGGGAGUGACGACUGCCAGCCUCUUCCCUGUUCGAACGGAUCAGACGUCUGCACAACUUUAAAACACUUUUUUUUUUUUUUUUUUUUUUAUAGAAUGUGUGUGUGUGGAGACUGCCCUCUUGUGGACAGCAGGAUGACAACAUUCAAUUUACUUUUGAUGUGUUUUUUUAAAAACAACUUUACAUUUUGUGUUUGAAUAGUUUGUCAUUUUUUGCGCAUUGGUCAGGCUUUUUUGGGAAGGCCUACAUUAAAAAUUUAAUUUAAAAAAUUGUUUUAUAAUUUAUCAAAUGAAAUUUGAAAAUGCAUACUGAUUGUUUUGGAGCACUUAUUUGAUGACUUUUUAUUUUUGCCCAAAAUUUUAAUUAAUUAAAUUAUGUAAGAAAUGUCAUUCAGACAUGAGUUUAAAUUAUAAAAAAACAAACAAACAAAACCACUAAGAGUAAAUAGAAUUAACCAAAGUUGGCUUUUUAAAAAAAAAACUUUGAAGCAAAAAUGUUUCCAGAAAAUUUGAAAGUUGCUCAUUUUAGUGAUUUAAGGUAUUAAAUAUAUGUAUUUUUAGUGUUGCACUUUAUUUAGUAGGUUUAUUAAUAAAAGGUCAUUUGGAACUUGCAAAAAUGAAACUUAUUGACUCAUAAAUAGCUCUUGGGUACAUCAUUUGCCUAUUUAUCAACUGCCACUAACGGAGACAGACUUCCAAUCCGGUGGAACGAACCUCCCGUUCCGAACGGAUUGGACAUCUGUCGCCGCCCAUUGCAGAAAAAGAAAGAGCUAAUGUUGUCAAGUGUAUAAUUUGUUGCCUGUCAACUGCUGUGCUUUGCUUCCUAAAUACUACAACAAGUACCUUUUUGGUGCCGUGUCAAUAAACUGACUCUUUGCGUCACAAUUCUUGUCGGUCACGCUUCACUUCCUGUGGGUUGCGUACUCCAGAAACCCUUGCAGAAUUGUGCCGAGACCAGUUAU